GCGGGCGCCUGGAGUGAAUCGUUCCCUCAGAAGAACUCUUCUGAGGUGUGUGUGUGUGGGGGGGGCGUCAAAUUGCUCCCUCUCCAACCCAAGAAGGGAAUCUCUGGUGGCACUGGAGAGAGCUGAUCCCACGGAAUGAUCCAAGAUGUCCACUCCCCUGGAAGAGGCCAUGAGUGUGAUGAUCUCCACCUUCCACAAAUACUCCAGUCGAGAGGGGGACAAGCUCAAACUCAGCAAGGGGGAGAUGAAGGAGCUUCUGAAUAAGGAACUGCCUAGUGUUGUGGGGGAGAAGGUGAAUGAGGAGGGGCUAAAGAAGCUGAUGAGUGACCUUGAUGAGAACAAUGACCAGGAGGUGGACUUCCAGGAGUAUGCUGUGUUUCUGGCACUCGUCACUAUGAUUUGCAAUGACUUCUUCCUGGGGUCCUCAGACAGGCCCUGAAGCAGAGUGCGCCACUCCCUGCCAUGUGUCUUCUUGGCUAAUGGGGUUCUCUAUCUUUCUGAAUCUUGUACUAAAUAAACGUUUAUUUGUUUGUUUGUGGAUAA